UUACAAACUUUAUUCUAUCGUUUUAGUGACAUGUAAUAAGUUGUGUUUUAAACAAGAAUAAUGAAUACGUUGUUGGUAGCGCUUGCGAUUCUAGUGGCUUGUGUCACCAUGGGCCAUGGACUAACAUGUACAUCCCCGGAUGUUAAAAUAACAAUUAAAAUCACAGAUCCAACCGAGUUUGACCAUGCCGAGAGAUAUCUCUUUACCGGCGUAAUGGCUUACUCGUUCCGUAAAUACUGCAGUGUUUUCAACCCAAUGGAUACAAGAUGUACGGAUGCUUACAAUAACACCAUCGACACAGCAGAUGUCAACAUCAGCCAUGUAACCGACAGAUUCGCUAUGUGUGUCAAAGUUACUUUACCUAGUGGUGUUAGUGCUAGCCCGAAAUUUAUCGAAGACGUCGUAAGGACAACCCAACCAAGAUUCAACGGAGCUCUGGUGUUGACCGAUACCACUCUGUUAUUCCAAGGCAUUCCACCAACUCUUAAACCUCAAGUGAUCCCAGAUUUUCCAACUUGGUUGAUCCCGUUCAUUGUAUUUGUGUGCCUUGUGGUGUUGGCUGCAAUUGCCAUCCUCUCCUACAGUGCAUAUCAAGCAAAACACAAGAAACUUGACGAAAAGAACGGAGAUAACGAAAGUCUUAACAGCGAAAAUCAUGCAUAUGAAGUAUAUGAAAACGGGAAUGGUGCCGGGUCUAUUACAAUGCUUUAAUGUAAACAAACAUUUAUUCUUAAGUUGCUGUGUUUAUCUGUAAUAUAGUAUAGGUUGGGGUAUGAUGGAUACCGUUUGCAUAUAACAUCCAAUGUCUCCAAAUUCUGUUUUUAAUAAUUAACAACGGUUCUAGAGUCUUGAAGAUACGAUUGUAUAAUUCUGUAAUAUUCUUUGUUUACUACAAUAAAAGAGAAUGAAAUAUAAAGAUAAAAGGGACGAUAAAGGAGAAUGAAAACUUUGACCAUCUUACCCCACCCUACUGUGUAUAUUGACAAUAUAUUCAUUUGUUGAUGGCAGUAACAACUUUAAACCCUCAUCCUCGUUCAAAAUUAUUAUCACGUUUACUUUUGCCAAAAAGGUUUAGUAAAGUUAGAACUAGAUACACUUUUUAAGUAAUGUAGAUAUAAAAAAUACGAUUUCAUUGUGCACAUGUAUAGUACUGUGGGUAAAAUGCGAUGAUGUUAGCACAUAUUACCCAAUAUUUCUUAAUCAUUUUAAACAAUUUAUAACGCUGUUUUAGAGUCGUGAGAACACGGUAGUUCUAUAAAUAUUUCUUGUUUAUUACCGAAUGGCUCGGGAAAUAGAAUGAAAAGAUGCUCCAUCUUACCCCAACUUAAUGCAGUAUGUCCAAGAACAAAGUAUAGCAAAAGCACGUUUACUUUUUAUUUCAUUCUGUUAAUUUAAAAAUUUUUUUUUCGGUAAAUAGUAGGGUGGGAAAGACGGGGCACGACACUUUUAGCACAAAAUAUUCAGAGGAUACGGUUUCAUAAUUUGAAUGUUCUUUGUUUACUACCAAGUGGGGAAAGAAAAUAGGAUAAAAUGUGUACCAUCUUCCCCCACCGUACUAUAUGUUUAUUGAUAAUUCACUAAAAGGUUAAAACAUAAUAUAAAAUUCAUGUACAAUGAUAACAUGCACACGUUGUCUUAAAAAAUAUUAGAAAUACAUUCGUUCAAUAUCAGA